UCUCUCAGUCAGACUGAGAUGCACACAUGUGGGGAAAAUAUAGAAUUUCAGUCCACUCAUGUAAUCUCCAUUUAGUUCAGGAAUCUUUGACUCAGUACCGGAACGUUAAAUGGCCUCUCCGCUUUCCUGCCGUAAGGGAGUCGAGAUGACAACCUCCAUUUCCGGUCGGCUCCCUCUAGAGCGUUGAGUGUCCUGAGAGGUCAGAUUGCCGGCCGGUAAAUUAGGGAUUUGGUGAUCGACCUCUUUAUAAGGAAUCAGAGACAUGGCCCAUGGACAUGGACAUGAACAUGGACAUGGACAUAGUAAAAUGGAACUUCCAGAUUAUAAACAGUGGAAGAUAGAAGGGACACCAUUAGAAACUGUCCAACAGAAGCUGGCUGCAAGAGGGCUAAGAGAUCCAUGGGGCCGUAAUGAAGCUUGGAGAUACAUGGGCGGCUAUGCAAACAAUGUUUCCUUUAUUGGUGCAUUAUUAAAAGGAUUCAAAUGGGGAUUUGUUGCAUUUGUGGUAGCUGCAGGGGCUGAAUAUUUCCUGAAGUCCGUGAAUAAAGAUAAGAAGCAUCACUGAAGAUAAUACCUGGAACAUAAUUCUCUUAUAAAAAUAAGAUUUCUUCACUGUAGCCUACUUGUGUCUGUGUUUGUCCCUUAAAGAUUAUAAGUAAGAUUUAAUAAAGAAAAGCAUAUUCCAGUC